GUGGUUUUCAGUGGUUGAAGAGCUUUUAUAUCAGCUUCAAUUGACGAGCAGAGAAUAACAGUUGGGUGUUACUCUUGCUGGUGUUUUAUAUAGAUAUUGCUGCAGUGGGCAAAAAUGGCAUUAACAAAGCUUCAAAUCAAGACCAAGGCUCUUCAACGUUUAAUCAAGGAAGAAAAAUACUACCAUGUUGAGCUUAAAGAACAACAGGAUGUUAUUGAACAAAUGAAGAACAAUCCUGAUAAAGACGAAUACGAUUUGAAAAAACAGGUUGAAGUGUUGGAAGACACCCGACAGAUGAUUCCAGAAUUGAGAAAAAAAAUCAAUGAGCAUUUGGUAAGUUUGAAAGAUUUUGUCGAGACUUAUAAUGGUGAUGAAAUUUUACAUCUUGCGAUAAAACAAAUUGAUGCUGCUGAAGCCUUAUUAGCUCAAGAUCCAUGAGUGUUAUGGAGAACAUAACCAUAUUGAUUUAUGUGUUUUGCAAUGUCAAUUGACUUGAACGAUUGUUUUUUUGUGGUUGAAUUAUCAUUUUCAUUUAGUUGGCUCAAUCUUAUAAAAAUUGAUGGUGUACAAUUUUGCAAAUAGAAUACUCGAUUUAUAUCUUCUUUUAGUUUUAUAUUAUAUAUUAAUAUUAAUCUAUACCACUGAUUUAUAGUUUAAAAUCGAAGUUAAUUGAUGAG